UUGAACCCUAUAGACUUGAAGCCUAUUUAGUACGCCUGUAUAGGGAGAGUGUCAGAAUUUGAGAUUCAGCCGGGUCCGGUGAUAUGACUCGACCAUGUUACUCCUUCGUUUUGUAGUUACUGUGUUAUGUUUAUUUUUUUGUAGAGCUUCACAGAAAGAUGAUGUCGGUUGUGGUUUUGUUUCCUCUUGGCUUGAAUCGGUGGUGCUGUCGAUGAAGCUUACUAAACAUGGCUUCCACAGGGACCUUGUUUAUGAGGUUCGACAUGAGCCUACAUCACAUCCUGUCAAGGUUCUGCUUCUUCACACAUUGCCCAGUGGAGUUUACAUGGAUCAGUAUCAGCUUGCGGAUCUGAGCGAGGAAAUGGGAUUACAGGUACUUCUUGAUUCAGCUUUAGAUCUCGAAAGCCCGGCCCAUGUUUCUUCCGCUUUCUCUGCACUGGUGUUUCUCGGUCCUCCUGAGCCUCUUCACACUGCAGUUCCUGUCCAUGCCCGGUACCACAAGGCUUCUAGUUCAGGAGGAUGGGAACAAAUCAUCAUCAAUCCACCAAGACUGCUGCUUCGUUCAGAACACUGUGACACUGUAGACCCUGGAUUAUCUCACAGGGUGGUUGAAGCUCCUUGCACAAUUCAGAACCAGAGUUUGUGCUCAUGGCUGGAGAUCCAUGGAUUACAGGUGCCAAGUGUGAGUCUCGAUCUUCCAGUGGGUGAUUCCUCUCUGCUCAUCCCAGUGUGUGCUGUAACAACACUGGUGUCUCUGCUGUGUAGUGCUUUUCUCUUCAGGGCUGUCUGGAAACAUGGCAUCUUCUGAAACUGUAAUGAAGUGAAAAAGUGUCGUAUUGUCAUGGGCAACUGUAAAGUUACAAGCCUGUGUUAAGCAUAAAAGACCACAGUCUGUGUGAAAGACUUUUUACCCUCCUGGAAUGAGCAGAAUUUUAUUUAUGUACAGUAAGUUGUUCUGUUCGGUCUGACUUGUACAUGGUGUAAUUUUAAUAAAAAAAAUGUUCCAUUACCAAA